UCCCCCAGAAGUAGAACACGGGACUAGCACGUGACUAUCUCGUGCUCUUCUCUUCUUUCUCUUUCUCGCCAGCGAGGGAAAUCAAACCCUAGAGUCCGCCGUCGCCGCCGGCGACUCUCCGGGAUCUCCGGUGACCGCCUCCGCGGAUACAGCAAUUCCUGCCGCGAGACUGAAGCCCCCUUGGGUGAGGGAUUUUCGGGGGCGAGGUGGGUGAUUUGGGGGCGAAGGAGGAGGCGGAGGAUGGGAUCGUCGUCGAAGGUGGUGCGGCCGGAGGAGGUGCUUGAGUCGCUGAAGAAUGACGGCACCAUCGACGCUCUCCGCAUGAAGAUCAUCGCCCAGCUCAAGGCAAACGAGGAUAUGAAGAAAAACACUAUGAUGAUGGUGGAGCAAAGCAAAGUACUGAAUACUCCUGGAGCUGAGAAAAAGACCAAGAGGGAGUUAUUUGAUGCACUUCGGCAGGAACUGGAAACUCCAGUCCUUGAGAAAGCUUCGAAGGCUGUUUGGGAGCUGAUACUUGACAGUGGCGGAUUAGGGAAAGAAAUAACCGAGACUGUGGAGAAAGUCUUCUGCCGGCUCAGUGGAAUCGACAAGAUGCCGCCUCCGCCUUCAGCAGCUGGUGCUCAUCAAGAGAAAGAUGACAUAGCUAUUGAUGAAGGUGAGAAGAGCAAGGAGAUGGAUGUUUCUGAACCAUCACCAUCAUCAUCAAGAAAGAGACCCUUCAGUGACCUCAGCCGGAAAGGAGGAAGUGCUGUACCAAAUGGCAGCGCUACAGACCAGCGUGAUGAGUCUGAGUAUGGCAACCUGAAGAUGUGAUGUUUAUUUGUGCUGUAAUUUUUAGUUCUUAGUGGGUGAAGUAGCUUUGGUGCUUGAAUGGUAAGAAGUUGAUGUAGGUUACAUCUAGAGGUGUAUGUUAUAUUGAUUGAUAUAUGCAUUAUAUACUUCCUGUUUAUGCUUGUCAAGUUAUGUAAGUGACUUCUAUAGGAUGUUUUGACUUUCAAGAAAGCUGAUUAUCCUUAAGUUCCAUCUUCUGAAUAUAGAACGACUUGGGUUGUGGUGAUUGUGUUGAA